GGCCCGCCCGCGCUUCUCUCCUGAGGUGAAAAAUGGCGGCAGUAGGAGGAGGCUGGCGGCUGUUUCUGCGGCUUCGUGGGCCUUGGGCCCUCCGGGGGGCUCUUCCCCGGUCCAGGGGCCUCUCCUUCUCCUCGUCCGGGGCCCCAAGACCGGGCUGGGCCCGGAGAGGAGCCACCAUCGCCGCCUUGGCCUUUGGGGCCUCCUUGGGCUGCUCCCAGGCCUUGAGGUGGAGCCUCCAGAGCCAGGAGACCAGGGCUGAGCAGCAGCAGCAGCAGCUCCCCGAAGGCAACCUGCAGCUGACCCUCUACCAAUACAAGACUUGCCCUUUUUGCAGCAAAGUCCGGGCUUUCCUCGACUAUCACCGGCUGCCUUACGAGAUCGUGGAGGUGAACCCAGUCAUGAGGCGGGAGAUCAAGUUUUCCAUGUACAGGAAGGUGCCCAUCCUCCUGGCCGACACGGGCAGCAUCCUGCAAUUGAACGACUCUUCUGUGAUCAUCAGUGCAAUUAAAACCUAUCUCGUUUCCAGGAAGAACUUGGAAGAGAUUGUGUCCUAUUACCCUCCCGUACAAGCCAGGAACGAUCGCGGCAAGGAGGUGACGGAGUACGGGAACAAGUACUGGCUCAUGCUGGAUGAAAAGGAGACGCGGUUCGUUUAUCCCGCCAAAGAGGCCCGGGUGGAGGAGAUGAAGUGGCGGAAGUGGGCCGACGACUGGCUGGUCCACCUCAUCUCGCCCAACGUCUACCGCUCUCCCAGCGAGGCCUUGGCCUCCUUCGACUACAUCGUCCGCGAGGGGAAAUUUGGCCCCGUGGAAGGCCUCUUCGCCAAAUACGUGGGGGCCGCCGCCAUGUUCUUCAUUGGAAAGAGGCUCAAGAGCAGGCACCAUUUGCAAGACAACGUCCGAGAAGAUUUGUACAAAGCUGCCAACGACUGGGUGAAAGCUGUCGGCAAACAGAGAAUGUUCAUGGGGGGAGCGCAGCCGAACCUGGCAGAUUUGGCCGUAUUCGGAGUCCUGCGUGUCAUGGAGGGCUUGGAAGCUUUUGAUGACAUGAUGGCGCACACCAAGAUCCGGCCCUGGUACCACCGGAUGGAGGCCGCCCUCCGAGAGGCCCGGGCUGCCAACUGACGCUUGUGUGUUUGCACAAGACAUGGCAAAACAAUAGGGCCGCUUGGGCCACAAAGAGAGCGUGCAUCGUAGAGCUAGUCGAGCUCUUGUUGGGAGACACAGAGCAGCAGAACCCAAGAUUUGCACAACGGUUUCAAGAGCGUAAUUUAAGUCCCAAAUGCCGUACGUCUGCGGCUGUUGCGGAGAGCUGACUUCCAAGGCUUCUGAACAAUAUUGCAUUGUCUUCCGGAUUGUUUUUGCCAUCUGCAUAUUACCUUCGUCUCAAAGUUAAUAUUUGAGUCUCAAACUGUCUGAGCCUCUGUCUUGGAGGCUUCUUUGUUUGCCAGCCGUUGGACUUUGCAAGAAUAAUACAAGCUUGAUGGGGCGUCUCUAUCCCAUAUUGGUUGGUUUGCUUUUUAAAAUGGGGUACACUCUUGGAAAUGCACAACAAUAACAACAAGAAUAAUAAUAAUAUGAAAUCCAGCAUAUACGUCUCAUUUGCUGUGUCAUACUGUGUUUUUAUGCCAGUAAAGUAAUAAUAAUUAUAAUA